AUGCCCCGCCGCCCGGGCCCGCCCCGCGAUUACUACGAAGAUGAGAUAUACGAGAUGGACCGAGAACAGGAGAGAGGGUACCGACCGCGCCGUCGCGAUUAUGAUGUGGAAGAUGACUACCGUCGACGGAAGUCGGAGCCUCUUGUCGAGGAUAUGGCGCGAAUGGGGAUGCGCGAGCGGCCCAGGCGCGACUUUAUGGCUGAGAGUUUCGAAAGACCCAUAGAGCGAGAGGACAUGAUGCCUAGGCGACCGAGGGAAGAGCCAGAUAUGGAAUUACCUUCACGGCCUCCGCCCUUGGAUCGCGAGGAUGUCUAUGCCCGACCACCUAGACCCCGGCGCAGACCCCGCCCUCAAGAGAUCGACGAAGAGGAGCUCGUUUUCGAGGAGAGAGACAGCCGCCGGGGCAGUCGUCGCCACCCACGGGAUAUCGAAGAGGGAUUGAUCGCGGAGCAAAGAGAGCGGCACAUGGGCAGGAGAUCUCGCCCUGAUCGAGACAUCGAGCCAGAUAUUUUCGACGAAGAGGACAGACCAAGAGAGAGAAGAACUCGUUCCCGGCAGAUUCCUGACAAUGAUAUCAUCCCGGAUAUAAGGGAAAGAGGAGACAGAAUGCAUCGUUCAGUUCCGGACAUCGAAGAGGAGGACUUCCCCGUUGAGCGCGAUCGACGUCGAGGCAGUAGGCGCCAUCCUCGAACCGUUGAAGAUGAUGACAUUAUCUUCGAAGAAAAGGAAAUCCGUCGUGGAAGCAGGCGUCAUCCCGAACGAAGGUCUGAAGAUGAUCUUUUCGAGGAAGAAAGGGAAAGACGCAGGGGGAGCGCACGGCACCCCGAGCGUAGAUCGGAGGAUGACUUGUUACACGAGAAGAGAGAAAGACGACAGCGCAGACGACGUCCAGAGCGAGAACUCGAUGAAGAAAUCGUCGUCGAGGAACCAAGACACCCAGGAAGACGACGUCGGCAUGAGAGCGGAAUCGAGGAGGAAGAAGUUCUCUUACGGCGAAGAGAAGGGGAACCCCCCUUACGCCGUGGUUGGGAUAGUGAGCGCGAUAUGCGAUCUCACGAAAGAGCUCGUGCAUUCGAGGAAGAAAGGUACGGUCGACCAAGGCCAGGACCCCCACCGGGACCUCCACCAGGUCGAAGGAUCGAAGUGGAAGAAGAACUUGUGAAUGAAGUUCCCCCAGACCGACGUCGGAUUCCAGUCGAUCCAAUCGAUCCCUCUGAAGAGGAUUUCGAGGAGGAAGAAGUGACCACCCGGUGGAAAGGCAAAGGGUCUCGACCAGUGAAUAUCGCAGAAGAGGAGAUUGGCAUGCGCGGAAGGCGUGAACGACGAAGGAGCUCGCCCCCUGAAGAUGUGAACGAUGAGCUGAGAGGCCUUCGUCGAAGUCGUAGACCCGAGGUCCCCUUUGGUCCUCCCUCUCAGUCUGACUCCAGCCCUCGCCCACGAGGCCUUGUUGUGGAGGAAGAAGUGGUGACCAGGAAGCCCAAGAAGAUUGAGAUACCGCCUUCCCCACCAUCUCCCCCCAUGGAGCCAAUAAACAUGGCUCCAAUUCCCAAGGAGGUGUUUUCUCAUAGACAAAUUGAUCAUGGUUAUGAGGAGGAUGAUCCUCGCGUGCCUACACCAGAGCUACGGCCCCUGAGAGGGAGUCCAAAUAAAAUUGACAUACCCAAAGGGUCUGCUAUUACGCCUCGCUUGCGUGUAAAGCACAAGGCUCACACUUCUACUAGAAGAACGCGAGGCGGGCGAUCAUCCGAGGAGGACAUCGUCCUCACACGCCGUGAUAGCGAGGAGUCUCUUGCCCCAGAAGACUCAAUUUCCCCUGCCAGUCAAUCUGUCCCUGAGUUCAAUGACCCAUGGGAUCAACCGCCAUCCAAAUCUCACGCUCGGCCUAAGAAGAAGCACAUCGAGACUGAGAGUGAGAGUGAAAGCGAAAGUGGAAGCGAAUCCUCGUUCAACCCUAGAGGAUAUCCAAUGCCACCUAUGCCACCCAUGCCGCCAAUGCCCCCGAUGCCACAAAUGCCCCAACGCGAUAUGAAGGACACAGACGUUGAAAGUACUCGGGGAAAUCGCAUCUCAAAGGGUACAGAUGACUGGUCUGUAGUACAAUCACCACCCAAGGCCGAAUCGGUUGAAAUGACCGGGGCCCUGAACAUUGUCGAAGUCGAACCACGACAUGCGCCAGUGGAAAAGGGGGAUAUGGGACGAGUAGCCCAACAAGUCACAGACUCCAAGGACCCCCGCGACGACCGCUGGACUGAAAUUACGAAGAAGUUGGUGGUAAAAGAAGCCAUCGAACAGAUGGGAUACGAGUACGAAGAAACAAGAAGCUGCUACUACAUCUUCUCUUACCUCAAGUCGGACGAUAUCGACGAGCUGGUUGAGUUGUCCGAUGAAAUUCGGAGUGCUCGUCGUAGACGCAUACGGGAUAUUCAGCGAGAACGGUCUUCUUUCCCACCCCCUGCUUCUCCCUUCAGACCACCCAGGAUGGGUAUGCCUGUGCCCCCGCGCACACGGAUGAUGGAGAAACAGAUGCAGGAUAUGCGGGAUCGGGAAUGGACGUAUCAUCGGCGGUGA